AGUGAUGCACGCUUUCAGCCGUGUGUGCUUGUAGUGUGAGCUUGGAGUCAACGGUGUGAGUGUGUGUGUCUGGAGAGAGAGAGAGAGAGAGACAGAGAGAGAGAGAGAGAGAGAAAGCGACACAGAACGAGCCCCUAACACGGAGCAUGCCUCUGCGUUCGGCAGCCGGCAAACAUGAGCCACCCAGCCCUCCACGGCAGGACCAGCAGCAGCAGCAGCACACACACACACACUCACACACACACACCACACACACGCACGCAGCAAACGGCAGCCAGGGGGGCAGCACUGACAGCGGCAGCUCCCAGGAAGAGGACAGCGGCAUUCCCAUUCCUCUUGGUGUUCCGGCUUUCUGUCCCGGCGCAGAGUGGAGCCGUAGUGCGAGAGCACCCAUGGAGGAGCCUACAGGCAACACGGUGGUCAUCCGCAUUGGAAUCCCAGACCUCCAACAGACGAAAUGCAUGAAAUUCAACGUGGAUGCUCCAAUCUGGCUGUCCAAGCAGCGUAUCCUGUGUACCCUCAACCAGAGCCUGAAGGAUGUACUCAACUAUGGCCUGUUCCAGCCGGCUUACAACGGCAAGGCUGGCAAGUUUCUAGAUGAGGAGAGACAGCUGAGGGAAUACCCCUUCCCCUCCAUCGCCCCUGUACCUUACCUUGAGUUCCGCUAUAAAAGACGCGUCUACACACAGACUCACCUGGAUGAAAAGCAGCUGUCUAAACUCCACACCAAGGCUAACCUGAAGAAGUUUAUGGAGUAUGUUCAGCUGAGGAACAUUGAAAAGGUCUCAAGGUUCCUGGAUAAAGGCCUGGACCCCAACUUCCAUGAUCCAGACACAGGAGAAUGUCCUCUAACGCUGGCUGCACAGCUGGAGGGAUGUGCAGAGCUCAUCAAGGUGCUGAAGAGUGGAGGGGCGCAUCUGGACUUCAGAACAAAAGAUGGCAUUACCUCCCUACACAAGGCCGUGCGCAGCAAGAACCAUACAGCGCUUAUAACGCUGUUGGACUUGGGUGCAUCACCUGAUUAUAAAGACAGCCGGGGGCUGACUCCUCUCUAUCACAGCUCCAUGGUGGGAGGAGACCCCUACUGCUGUGAGCUGCUGCUGCAUGACCAUGCACUGGUCGGCUGUGUGGAUGAGAAUGGCUGGCAAGAAAUACACCAGGCAUGCCGCUACGGCCACGUGCAGCACCUGGAACAUCUGCUGUUUUACGGAGCUGACAUGAGUGCCCAGAAUGCAUCUGGAAACACUGCCCUGCAUGUCUGCGCCCUCUACAACCAGGACAGCUGUGCACGAGUUCUGCUGUUCAGAGGGGCGAAUAAAGAGAUAAAGAACUACAACAGCCAGACCGCCUUUCAGGUGGCUAUAAUAGCAGGAAACUUUGAUCUGGCUGAAAUCGUGAAGGUCCACAAACCAUCAGAUGUUGUGCCUUUCAGGGAGACCCCGUCCUACACCAACCGUCGACGUGUGAUGACCGGCCCCCUGCCCUCGCCACGAUCCCUGCUCCGCUCUGCGAGUGACAACAAUCUGAACGGGGACCACGAUCACAUCCACGGUCAGCUCCCCAGAGAAAGCCGCGGCCGUCAGGGUCACUCCCCUGUUCCCUCGCUGCGAAGCCUGCCAGCUUUUGGGCAGCAGCACAGCAGCCUCGGAGAGAGUCGACAUGGAGAUAUCCAUGACAGCAGUCUCCAGAGUACGGGCAGCUCCAGAUCCUCCCAUUCCCGUUCCCCUUCACUACAUCACUUGCAUGAAGAGGAAAAGCCAGUUCCCAGAAGAUCCCACAGCUAUGGCUACCCUCACGGACACAGCCAUCGUGGAAGACUCAGCCCCGGCUCUGUCCAGCGAGACCCGAGCCCCCCGCAUCACACCCCUCCAGCAUUGACGGGCCCCCGCGGGCCCAAACGGAAACUCUACAGUGCCGUCCCGGGACGUACCUUCAUCGUGGUCAAGCCCUACACGCCGCAGGGGGAAGGAGAGAUCCAACUCAACCGUGGAGAGAGAGUUAAAGUGCUGAGUAUAGGAGAAGGAGGUUUCUGGGAAGGCACGGUCAAAGGGAGGACUGGCUGGUUCCCGGCAGACUAUGUGGAAGAAGUUCAGAUGAGGCAGUUCGACCCACGGCUAGAGACUCGAGAGGACCGCACCAAGAGAUUGUUCAGACACUACACUGUGGGAUCCUACGACAACUUCACCUCAUACAGUGACUAUAUCAUAGAGGAGAAGAAUGCUGUUUUACAGAAGAAAGAAAACGAGGGGUUUGGCUUUGUCCUGCGGGGAGCCAAAGCCGAGACACCCAUUGAAGAGUUCACCCCCACCCCAGCAUUCCCUGCGUUGCAAUACCUGGAGUCUGUGGACGUGGAGGGAGUGGCCUGGAGGGCUGGCCUGAGGACAGGAGACUUCCUGAUUGAGGUUAACGGAGUGAAUGUAGUGAAGGUGGGCCAUAAGCAGGUCGUUUCCUUGAUCAGACAAGGGGGCAACAGGCUGCUGAUGAAAGUGGUGUCCGUCUCGAGAAAACCUGAGACAGAGGAAGUCGUUCGCAAGAAAGCUCCCCCGCCACCAAAGAGGGCUCCCAGCACCACCCUGACGCUGCGCUCAAAGUCCAUGACCGCUGAGCUAGAAGAACUGGCUUCUGCUCGGAGGAGAAGAGGAGAGAGGCUAGACGAGAUGUUGGCAUCCCAAGAGUCCAUGUUGCGAUCUCAGCCCGUGGAGUCAGAUUACAGAGCAGCCACUGUCAAACAAAGACCUACCAGCAGGAGAAUAACACCAGCAGAGAUCAGUUCAUUGUUUGAGAGACAAGGGAUGACCCUACACGGAGCUCUUCACCCAGGCAUUGAGAGGGGUCACAUACCAGUACCAAAGGGGAUGUCCAGGACCAAGUCUUUUGGUGCCACUGAGGAGGAUCGGCUGUCCGCCCUCGCAGCAGAGCACAGGUUUCCCCGCAGUUCCUCCAUGACGGACAGCCUCAGAGAACACUCGCAGCAGCCCCAUCCGAUCCCUCCGCCUCCACAAAUGGCACCUCCUCCUCCUCCGUACUACCACCUAGACACUGGUCCUCCGCCGGCCUUCUGCCCCCCGCCUCCCCCCUCCAGGACCCAGAGUCAGGGCCACGAGCCUGGAGGACGCUCCAGCUUCAAGCCCUCCUCCUUGGACCUGCCUUACGAGGCAGCUCAGCGGCAGGCCACUCACAUUGAGAGACAGAAGAAAGCCCGGUCUAUGAUCAUCCUCCAGGACUCUUCCCAUCUACCUGUAGAACCCACGGAAAUCCCCCGCCCUUCUGCUGCUACUCCACCUGAGCGAAUAAAAAGGAAGGGUAGGGUUAUUGACAACCCUUAUGCUAAUGUGGGUCAAUUUAGCAUCGGACUUUACACUCCCACCAAGCCCCAGAGGAAGAAAAGUCCCCUGGUGAAACAACUACAGGUGGAAGACGCACAAGAAAAAGCAAGCUUGGCCUUAGCCGCUGUCCACUCCAGAGAGAGCUCACCCUCAGGACGACACCCACAUGCCCACGGGCACACACACACCAGCCGUGCAGACUACUACCAGCACCAGCUGAUGGCCGAGCGAGAGCGCAUGCGCGUCCAGGGGGAGAUGAUGCUUCAGGGUAAGGGCCCCUUCGCCGCUGCAAUCGCCGGAGCGGUGAAAGAUCGCGAGCGUCGCCUAGAAGAGCGGAGGAAAUCCACUGUCUUCCUUUCUGUCGGGACCAUGGAGGGCGCCUCCGCCGCCAGCUCCGAUUCCCCCUCUCUGACUCAGUCUCACUCCAUCGAUGAACGGAUGCUCACUCGAGAGCUCGGACAGCUGCCGCCCCCUGCCUUGGCCCUGAGCCCCUCGCCCAGUGGGACCACCUUUAUCCACCCGCUUACGGGAAAACCCCUGGACCCCAACUCUCCACUGGCUCUUGCGCUGGCCGCAAGGGAGAGGGCACUGACCUCCCAGAGCCAGUCCCCUACUGGCAGCCCAGAGCCCAGGACUAAACAUAGUGUUAUGUUUAUUGACCCUCAGACCAAAGAGUCUCCACACGGGGAAGGUGCAUCCUCAUCUCCCCCUUUUUCACCUAAAAGCUCCAAGGCAGUGGGGUAUGGAUCCUCCACAGCAUCGAUUCUCGUCCCCCAGCCCACCAAACCACAGUGGGCCUCAUCACCAUCCUCUGUAUCAUUCCGACAGGAGAUGGAGGCCCGAGUAGAGGAGAGGAAGGAGGAGAAGAGGCUAGAGGAUAAAAAAAGUAUGUUGAUCAGUAUAAUGGAUACGUCCCAGCAAAAGACAGCAGGAUUAAUUAUGGUCCACGCUACGAGUAAUGGCCAGGCUGUUGGGAUGAGUUCAGAAGUGCAAAAGGCAACCCCUCCAACAUCCACAGAGCCGAGCAAAUCUCCAAGUCCUCGGGUUCAAUCCCCGAGUCCUAUAGCCUCCCAGGCUCAGCUCCAGGCCCAGCCUCAAACUCAGCGUCCUGCCAGUCCAGCCCAAGAGAAGAGUCUGGCUCAGGGAAGCUCAGAGGAGGACGUUGACCCGUACACGGUGACCCUGCCCCCUGCGAUUUUGUCCUCCAGCGACGAGGAAACGAGAGAGGAGUUGCGCAAGAUUGGAGUUGUUCCGCCUCCGGAUGAGUUUUCUAACGGGCUCUCGGCGCAGGCGCAGGGAACACCAGUGUCCCCGCCUAAGCCCGUCCCCUCUCCCGCCGCCCCUUCGACACCAACGCCCCAAACUCCUUCAACCCCGUCAACAACUCCUGCCGUAACCCCGACACAGCCUAAGACUCCCCAGCCUCCGCCUCCACCCGGUGCAGCAGCUGUCUCAGGGAAGCCCUCUGACCCUCUGGAGCCCCCGCAUGUGGGCGAGUCUGGCUCUGCGGCUGACUCGGGUGUGGAGGAGGCCGACACGCGCAGCUCCAGCGAGAAAGAGCGAGACCACCACCUCGAGACCACCAGCACAGUCUCCACGGUUUCCAGCAUGUCCACACUGUCCUCAGAGAGCGGUGAGCCUGCUGACACACACACCACGCACACCUCUUAUGCCGAAGGGCAGACCUUCGUGCUCGACAAGCCGCCAGUGCCUCCUAAGCCUCGACUCAAGUCCCAAAUAGGAGGUGGCAAAGGCCCCGUCACCUUCAGGGACCCGCUGCUGAAGCAGAGCUCUGACAGCGAGCUCCUCUCACAGCAACAAGCUGCUGCUCUGGCUGCUGCAGCCGGAGGAGCCGGACUGCCCUCAGGUGGUUCAGCCUCAGUGACUGGACUAGCCCCCACCAAGCCGCGCUACCUCUUUCAGCGAAGGUCCAAGCUGUGGGGGGACCCAGUGGAGCCUCGUGGGCCCGGGGUAGGGCUAGGUAUCGGGAGUUUGGGCAAUCUCGGCGGACUGGGACUGGGGUUGGGUGCAGACGAGGGAACAAAACCAUCAGUUAUGGGGGAGCUCAGCUCUCGACUACAGCAGCUAAAUAAAGACACUAGGUCAUUGGGAGAGGAACCCCUGGGAGCAUCACUAGACCCUGGGAGGAAGUCUCCUGUGGCAGGUGCCAGACUUUUCAGCAGCCUAGGUGAGCUACACACCAUCUCUCAGAGAAGUUACGGCACCACGUUCACCAUCCGCCCCGGUAGCCGUUACCCCGUCACCCGACGCGCCCCAAGCCCAGGCUCAGGCUCGCCUGACCGGGGUGACCCCCUUGGACGUUUCUCAGGCUUCGGCCUACCGACCUCGCCGACUACACCCCCGCAGACCAUCCUCAAAUCCUCCAGCCUCAGCCUCCCCCAGGAGCCUAAAGAAGUCCGCUUUGUAAUGAGAAGCUCCAGUGCCCGUUCCCGCUCUCGCUCCCCGUCCCCCUCGCCUUCUCACUCCCCCGGGCUGGGCUCGCCGCUUUUAGCCCUCCGACCCUUCCACCAGAAGCCCCUCCACCUCUGGAAUAAGUACGACGUGGGAGACUGGCUGGAGAGCAUCAACUUAGGGGAGCACAGAGCCGGGUUUCAGGACCAUGAGAUCGAAGGCUCUCACCUCCCGGCUCUCACUAAGGAGGACUUUGCAGAGCUUGGAGUGACGCGCGUUGGACACCGCAUGAACAUUGAACGAGCACUAAAAAUGCUGCUGGAGAGCUGACCCCUGCCCUGAGCCGCAGCAACAUGUAGAGAAAACAUGAAGUCAUGCCAGAUAUAGAGUCGACAGAAGAGAAAACAAUAGGAACCACUCCUCUUUUACUCUAGCUGCUUUUGAUCUGCAUCACCAAUGUUUACCUGUGGCCCUUAGCCACACAUUGUGUUCCUGUUGUGUUCAUACCCUGCACUUAGCACUGAAGAGGAGGAAUCAGUCCGUUCACCCUGCCUCGCCUCGGCUCUCAGCGUCCGGCCCACUACUGGUUAAAGCUUGGACCUCAAAAAGUGCUCUAGUCUCUUCCUUAUUGAAGAGAGUCGUAUGAGCUCUAAUUACAAUAUUUGAUCUGUGAAAGCUUCAGUUAUUCCCCGGAGUAACACCCACACGUUCUCUUUCACUUUUCCCCCUCCUCUCCUCUCUACCUCUUCCCCCUCCAUCUCUGAGGCCUAUGGAAGCCCUUUUUGCAGUUUGAGUAAAAGAGGAGGUGGAAGAAUUCUUUUUGGUUUUCCAAACAGAAAGCUCAGUUGCCUUUCAAAAAUAUUUCUACAGAGAUCAUCAGUGAUGAACCAGGACUAAUGGACCAUAGAGUCAACACAGCUUUUUAAAAGGUGUGUCCUCUCUAUACCUGCUGUUGUUUUUAAAAACCUGAAGACUUUGGAGGAGCCCCAGAGGUGGAGCUACUCAAAAGUAAACCAUGGGAGCAAAACGCCUCCGCCUUGGUAUCCAGACUGUGCUAUCUAUUAUAUUUGGAGAAUGUUUAACCAACACUCGUGGCUUUUUUCAUAAUCAAUUUUUUUGGUUUUUCCAAAGGGAAUACUAUAUAUAGGUAUUAUAUAAUAUAAUAUAUAUGUAUUAAAAUAUAGCUUUCAGAAGAAAAGACAAUGUUGCAAAGAGGAAAUGUAAUAAAUUAAUCUGCGCCUGUUUUUUUGGUUUUUAGUAUAGAAGGCAGAGAAAUCUUUAAAUUUAUUCCACCAAUAGUUUACUCAUUUCUACCAAUUAUAUAUACAUAUAUAUACAUAAAUAUAUAUAUUUGAAAUUUGAAAAAAAAGUAUAUAGAUAUGAAAAAUGAAAGUUUGUCAUAGGUGUACAAUUUUUUCCUUAUGGUCACCCUUUCUUGAAUCGUAGCAUGAAGAGUUGCAUCAUGUCUUGGACAGAGCGUGUGUUUGUUUGUUUUUAUUUUCUUACGGUCUUCCUUCAUACUAAAGGGCAUCCCGUAAUGUGAGGCUGUGACCCCAGUUGACACCCAUCCCUACUGCUCCAGCUACAGAUCCCCCCCCCCCCCCCCGAUGUGGUUCUGACUCUGCUUUAUCAGCAGAAAUACACAGUAAGGACCACCUCAUGAAAACAGCUACUUGAGUGAAAAGGGGGCUCUUCAUCUCUUUGCCUGUUAAUCACUCAGGGAUGGAAGUUUGGGGCACUAGCAUGGAGAUGUUGUUUGGCUGUUGUUUUGAUACUAUCCUUUUCAAUUCCUGCCUGUGAGGACUAUUAAACACCACAGUUUGAAAAAAAGUUAAGAGGGCUAGUAAAAGAAUUUCCAUCCCUGCACCAUCUGAUGAUGCUUCUCAGACUGUUUGAGUUGAAAGAAGGACAAAGUCUGAUUUUUAUCUGCUCUGUUACAGAAGAAAAUCAGGAAAAAAAACAGACUGCAGAAAACCUCUGAGAUUUUAUUUUCACUGCAAAAGACUGAAAAGCUAUUUAGUUUAACUUUAAUUGUUAAAUUAAACCGUCCUUCAAAUCUGCUCGAUGACACACUUGGCUUAAAUAAAUGAAUAACUUAAAAAUGUGUGCCCCCUCUGAAAUGCCACGCUAAGGGAGAAGUGUCUGUAGUCUGUCAGGCUGUGGGGAUGGGAAAGCCUCUGUGAGGUCUGUAAGGAAAAUUCAGUAUUCUACAACCUGGCUGUGUCUUAAAACAUUGCUGCUUACCUGUCUCUCUGCGGUGUACUUAUUGAGUACAAUAUUAUCAUUCACUUCUGCAGCCUAAACUGUAAUAAUAAGACCCAGGUUGUAAAAGCAAAAAAAAAAAGAAAUACAACUGAAUUUUCCUUUAACAAUACAAAAUCUACAAUUGUACUCAUGAGUAGCUUCUGCUAGCAGUGAGAAACAGUGAGUUUUAUUCACGCAACAAAUAGCAUUUUAUCCAUAGCUUUUCUCUUAACAGAAGGCUGCCAGGUGAUUACUACUAGAAACCUCCACACAUCAGCAGAUUUAGUCAGUACGCCAAGGCCUUUUCACUUGGCCAGAAGCUCUGUGCAUCUUUUUUUCUUCUUCUUUUUUUUUUGCUAGCAAUUUGUAAAAAAGCGGGUGGAGAAAAUAUUGUAUCUGGGUUGUAGGAAUAGCACUCACUGCCUCACUGUGACCUCACGGAUUUCGGUUUUUUUUCUUCUUCUGACUCCAGUGUUACAGUCCCUCUUGACUCAUUUGAACUCUUUGUGUUUUUUCUUGUUGAUUUUUUGUUUCUUUGUUGAUUUGUUACCCUCGCACACUGUGGGUAGAUUUUGUAGCGUGUGGAACAUGAAGCUGUAAUCUUUCACUCAUUUGAAUUUUUAAGAGUGGCAGAAAAGAUGAAAAAAAGAAAAAGAUUCUGUCCAUUCUAAACGUACUUACACUUGUAAAAAUGAACAGACUUACAGAUAUUUGCUUUUUUUUAAAUCACAAGCAAUGUAUAUAUGAUAGAUUUCAUAUAAAUUUUUUGAAAAAAGUAUAUAGAUCUAUAUAUGAAUGUUUGGCAUAUAUGCAUAGUUAAACACCUGAGAGAAAGGUGAGCAGAUUUUAUUCUUUCUAUGAACUCUUAAACUUUUCAACUCUGAACUAUGAACUAGGGGAUGAUUUGCACAAAACAAGGUGACAAGGUGCUAACAUAAAAGCCACCCGACGUCCAAGCGCAUGCGUGCAUCUGGAUUCCCCCUCAAUCUCUGUGUGGUCGUUCCUCUUCACCAUGUGUUUGUGUGAAUGUUUGAGCGUUUAAGCAAAUGCUUGUUUUAUUUCCUUUUGUGUGUGUGUGUGUUUGUUUGAGAGUGUGUACGGUUGAUUGUUAGGGUUUACAUCUUUGGAGUUAGUCCACUAUAGCCUUACUGUAUUACCAUCAGAGAUUGCCGGCACUGGCUGUGUCACACAAACAUGCACACUCAUAUAACGUACACACACACAAACAGAAAAAAUGCACACCCAUGUCACGAUGAUGGUUUUUAUGCAUUGUUGUUUAGUUCUGAGUGAUGUCUUCUUGUUCAACAGGGAGAGACAGAUUUUACACAUCGUUGAAUGAAACCAUUGUUACAUUUUAUAUUUCAAACAGCAAGAACUCACCUUGUAACUGUGUAGGUACUGCUUAUUGCAGUGUCACUGUUUUGUACACCCAGUCCCAGAUUGGCAUUUUUGCGCUUCUUACCCUCCACUCUGUCUGGCAGCACUCCUUUUUCCUUUUUCAGACUUUUCAGUUUUUGAGUUUUUUGAGUUGCUAUAUGAGGUGAUCCAGUAAGGAACAAACAACACAAAGGAAAAAUGUGCCAAAAAAUAACUUUGAACUGUAUAUUUGUCUUUGCUUUAGGACUAUCUUAGUUACAGCAUUCUUGAGCUGUUAGACUCAAUAAUAUGGUGCCAUCUCCUGGAAAUCUUGAGAACUACAGACAUUUGUUAGAUACUUCUGUAUUUCCGACGGGAAAUGCAGUCAUUGUUAUUAUUUUGUGAAGUAGCAGGCUAUUGCAUUUAUAUAAAUAUAUAUAAAUAUAUAUAGAUAUAUAACAUUAUAUCUAUGUAUAUUCUAUAAAGCCUGUGCAUAACUACCUGUGAGCUUUGCAUUAACAUUUCUAUUUAAAUUUUGAGACAAAGUAUCACAACUGCUUGAUUUAACUGUGAUGAAGGAUAUUAUCCUGCUUGGCUUACUGUUCCCAUAAAAAAUAUACAAAAAAAAAACACAAACACUUCUGAGGUGAAUGUGUACAGUCUUGAAACACACAGGCUGGCCUGGUUUGAACAAAACAAAAAAAAGUUGUAGUGAAUACCUGGUCAAAUGGUUGUGUAUGUUUACUGCAAAUACUGAUGCAAAACGAUGCUCCAGAGCAAUGUGUACCAGACUUACACACCAUUAGGUCGACUAGGUUCAGUGAAGGGUUAUCUUUGUCUUAUUUUCUAAUCAACAAAGCACAAUCUUCAUAGCGUAGGGGGAGCAGUGUAACCUUUUUAAAAACCCACUGGGGUCCGGUCACCCACUGGAACCAGUGAUCUUAUCAUCAAAGGGGUUUUUUCUUUCAUUGUUGGUUUUUCUCCUUGUUUGCACUGUGACGUUUAGAAUGGUGGAUGUAUCCCCUGCAAACGCCUCAGCCCUUGUCUCACAGGUGAACUUCCCGUUCUCAGCAUCACAAUAAACCCGGGGGGACAGCAUCUUCAGCUUUCUCUGAGCAAACUUCUGGAUUCUUGAAGCAUUUCAAAAACCCCGUUUAAUACAUGUGGGCCAAACUUAAAAAUACUAGUGAACCAGAAGCGACCCGAGUAUUCUUCAUGCAAACAAAAAUAAGGGUGAUUUUGAAGUUUGAGGCAAGAGCUGAGCCGUUUCCCAGGAUAUCUCCACCACAGAGAUAUAUGUUUGUUAUAUUAUGUAAUAAAUUUAUAAUUAAAACAUGAACUGAA